CUUUAAGAGUUUCUUUAUGUUAGUAAGUUCCACACAAACUUUAAUUUUCCCAUUUAUUUGUGAAAUACCUAAAUAUGACGAGUGUUAAGUGUAUUGUGUAACGGACAAGUAAUAAUGACGAUGCGAUUCCUAAGGUUGUACAUAAUUUUUAUUUACCGCAUGUAGUUUAUUUUCCUAAGCUGAAACAUAAUAAAUUUAUAUUAUGUCAAAAAAGAUUAUUAUUAUGUUUAUAUACAGGUCUAGUAUACUGUCCCGCAAUUCUGGUAAGUUGACUUCUACUUUUUGUGAUUAAUUACAAUGUUGACAAUAUAAUAACUUAUUAAUUACUAUCUCAGGUAAUCACAGUCAAGGAUAGAAGAAAGAAAUUGAUGUCAUAUAUGAAAGAAUUAUAUGUUCAAGCCGCAAGCUUCCAGCUUUGUAUCCUGGUGAUAUCGUGGUUGGAGUGACGUCAUCAUCUUCAUCAACCUUAUAAUGAAAAUUGCAACAUGGCUGUGUUGGAUAUUGAGUGCACUGUUAUGUCAAGCGAGCCAACAUGAUAGCGGUAGUGACAAAAACGCAAUCCUAAUAGACAACGGCACAGAUGUACUCGAAUCUAUCAAUGGGACUCCUAACUUUAGACUCAUAAAGCCCAACAGGGCGGCUCCUUGGUUCCCGGAACGUGAGAUUAAACUUGACAGUUGCGUGAGAAGAGCUCGCUGCGAGCCCCUAGAGAAGUUCACUUGUCUAGGAACCAAACUACCUUUUGACAAAACAAGCGUUCAUCUUACUUUUUAUGACAAUCAGAAUCAAAUACAAAUACAAUUGGAAUUGUAUAAAGAACUGAUAAACGUGCCAAAAUGCUGGGCUGUGAUACAGCCUUUACUAUGUGCGACAUUCAUGCCAAAAUGCGAACGAAUAUUAGGACAAGAUAUGGUCUAUUUGCCUUCUUAUGAAAUGUGCAAGAUUACUAUGGAGCCCUGUUUAAUUUUAUACAAUACUACAUACUUCCCGUCUUUUUUGAAAUGUAAUACUACUCUAUUCCCACCGAAAUGUGAAACACCGGCGAGGGAAAUGAAAUUCAAUACAAGUGGCAAAUGUUUAUCGCCGCUUAUCCAUACAGAAAAAUUUCUGCAUUUCUAUGAAGGUAUUUCCGGUUGUGGAUUACCUUGUCGUGAUCCACUGUACACUGAAGAUGAGCAUCAACAGAUCCAUCGUCUAGUGGCAUGGGGUGCUGGUGUAUGCCUGCUCCUCAACCUGUUGACUGUCGCCACAUUCCUUAUCGAUUGGCGUAGUGCUAACAAGUAUCCUGCGCUGGUCAUCUUUUAUAUUAACGUCUGUUUCGCAGUCGCAUCUAUGGGGUGGCUUGUCCAGUUUGGCUUUGGUUCAAGAGAAGAUAUUGUUUGUUCAAAAGAUGGAACCAGACGACAAGGUGAGCCGUCAGCAGAAGAAAACUUGUCCUGUGUAGUCGUUUUUGUGUUGGUAUACUACUUUAUGAUGGCAGCCUGCGUUUGGUUCGUCAUAUUUACAUAUGCAUGGCAUAUGAGUUUCCGAGCACUAGGUAAAAUACAAGAUAGAAUUGAUAAGAAAGCCGCAUAUUUCCACUUGGUGGCGUGGUCGUUACCGCUGGUGCUUACCAUAGCCACGAUGGCGUUUGGAGAGGUGGAUGGCAGUAGCGUGACUGGCAUUUGUUUUGUCGGAUAUAUAAAUUAUUCCAUGCGUGUAGCCUUGUUACUUGCACCGUUAUCUGUUGUAUUGCUGCUCGGUGGAUACUUUCUUCUUAGAGGUGUGUUCUCAUUGAUCGCCGUCCGCGUGUCCAGUAAAGAUGUUAUAUCACCUAAAGCUUCCAACAAGAUUCGUCAGACCAUCACGCGAUGCUCGCUCACUGCCGCGUUGGUAGCAGUUUUUAUAUGUGUCACCUUCGCCUGUCACAUCUAUGAAUUUAGAAAUGCUGAUCUGUGGAAGGAUUCUUUUAAGAAGAAUAUCAUAUGUCGGUUGGAAGCCUUAAAGGAAAACAAUAAGGAGUGCGGCGGGGGCGCGCGGCCGUCGGUGUCGGUGCUGCAGCUGCGGCUGCUGUGCUGCUUCGCGGCCGGCGCCCUCAUGGCCUCCUGGACCUGGACCCCGGCCGCCGCCGCCGCCUGGAGGCGAUACUUGGCAAGGAAAUGCGGAUGUUCAGUGGAAAGUGAAGUAACGCGGCGUGCACGCAAACAUGAGUUGAUUGCUCGCGCGUACCGUCGUCGCGGCGAGUUCGCGGCUCGCGGCCGGCUCUCCAUCUCGCUCGGUGGCUCCAGGCAGGACCCCGUGGGUCUCUGCAUCGACCACACGUCCCCCAUAGACUAUCCGGAGGACGCGAAACAUGAGAGUGCCGAUUUAUCGUCAUCGUGGGCUGCGAAUCUUCCAAGAUUUGUGCGUAGGCGCGACGCUCUCGUUUUGCCUACGCACACUCAUCACUCGUUGAGUUCUACCCCGGAUCGUCGUAAUUCGCAAGACUCUCAAAUAAGUAUUAGCCUUCGUCAUGUCUCUGUUGAAUCGCGUCGUAAUUCACUAGAUAGUCAACUAUCAGUAAAAAUUGCUGAAAUGAAGACGAAAGUGGGCAGACGACGAACAAAGCACACUAAGGCUAAACGUAAAGCCCGAGCGGCAAAUGUACGUAAAGAAAGCACGCCGUCCAUUGAAAGUCAACUAAGUCGUUGUUGGCUCCAAGCUGUUGCAGCAAAUAAUGAUCGGUCUCGUGAGGAAGUGAAAUUCAGUUUUGAUUGACUUAUUCAGGAAUAAAUUCGUUCUCGUAAAAAAUUACGUCUAUACUUGCGACUGUAUUUUGUUAUGCAUUGUUGACAAUAGCACCAUGCAUUCUAUUCAAAGUGCUAGUCAGUAAAGUAGUAAAGAUCAGUGCUAAUUUGGACAGACCUAUAUAUAAAUUGUCGCUUAACACAUUCUUAAAUCUGACUAAAAAUGAAGUUCACUCACCAUUUAAUCAUUCUUUUAUAUGUAAUAUUUUUAAGUAUAUAAGAACCCAGUGUACGAGAACUCGAUAUACCAUAAAUGACAUUUAUGGAAUGAAGGAAUAUACUUUUAUGGAAAUUAUUUAUUUAACUUUUUAGCCCGUAAGUGUAAAGUUCAAAUUAGGAUUUAUCCAAGUCUUAAUAAUGAGAAUCUAGGGUUAUCGGAUAUGUGAAAAACUGCUUGUGGUGUGAAUCAUUGUUAUGUAAUUAAAAGACUGAAUGGAAUCUCUGUUUAAGUGAAUAUAUCUUAUUUUGAAAGUCCAUGUGCGCAUGCAACAUUCAUGACAAUCUCAAAUGAUAUUUUUGUGAUAUUAUCUGUAACCUCAUAAUUAUAAUUGUGCCAUAAAUAGUAGCAUGGUGAAAGACAGCGGCAAAUCAGAACUGAUAGUUUGUUACUCUGUAAGUUGUAUUAGUAUUUAGUUGUAAGAUAUAUCAAAAUGCAAUGCAAAUUUAAUUUUUACAAUCGAAGCGCGAGUACUUUGUGAUAUAAGUACGAUACUUUUAGAGCUUAUCAUCUGGCACAAUAAUCAAAGCGUACAAGGCACGGUUGUGAUGUUUAUUUACAUUGUUGUGUAAGUAAGAAAGAGUACCGAGGCUAUUUAUGAUGAAAUCGAUAGAUAUUUUGAUAUUGCAAUAAAAUAGUUUGCUAUAUUAUUAUUGUACUAAGUAGCGUUAAUUAUAAAGUCAGCAUAAAUAUGCUGCAAUGUUAUCAGUGCAGAAAGACUCGAGUUGCAUUUUAUAAUUCGUAAGUCUGUUAGCUUUAAUUACUAUUAUGGAGUUUUUACGGAUAUGUAUGUUUUCUACCAGUAAUUUACUUUAUUUUAAAUGACUUUUUACAUAAUAAAAUACGA